CCCAUCUCAGCCACCUCAUAUACCAUCCUCUACUUUGACAUGCAUGCACAGGCGGCCUGCUCAUGGGACCAUCUCCCCGUCGAGAUCAAGUUCUCGAUCGUCGAGCUCCUCGACACCCCGCACGACGUCAAGGCCUUUUCCCGAGUAAGCAAGCAGGCUUACACCCUUGCUGUUCCCGCCCUCUGGAGGGUUGUUGAUCUCACGAGCGUCGAGGCGGUGCAUUCCUAUCUUGGAAACGUCCCGCCAUCCUACCAUCGGUACAUCCGCCAGCUCUCCAUUUGCACCAAAUUCGCCGCGACCGGCCCCGCAUCCGGAUCCGAUGACCACACGCUCGUCUCUCAGCAGUGCUCCCAGCUCCUCAGCCAGUGCACACAGCUCGAGCAGCUCACCCUCAACCUCGCAACGUCUCUGGACCAGGCCGUGAUCCCCUGCUUCAGCGCUCUCCACGCUUUGCGCGUCCUGUCUAUCAACCACUGUGGUGAUGAGCAGACGAACCCUCUGAGCGAGAGAUUGGUUGUCUCCAUUGCGGCCUCCGUGCCAAACCUUAAAGAGCUGUCCUUGGACAGGAUCUCGCGGUCCGCUCUCCAUGCACCCGAGCUCGUCGGUGUCUAUCCCUAUAUUCCCGUGGUCAAGGGCGACGAGUCGAUUCCCGCCCACCCUCUUUUGGGCUCGGAGCUGUCGCUUCCGUCGCUACUCCGCUUGCCCACCCUCAAAAAGCUCCGCAUCCGUGAUACCCACUUGGGAGACCCGAAGUGGGCUGUGACUCCCAUCUGCUGUUCUCUGGAGUUCCUUGAUCUUGGUAGCUGUUACCAUGAGAGCCAGGACUUCAACCGCGUCUGCACGGAGCGCAUCGUGGGCAACGUCGGCCAGUCUGUUGACGAGUUUUCACUCAACACUGCCAUCUCUGCCGAGACGUACGCCUUCGAGAAGCCGAAGGAGACGCCCCUUAAGAAGCUCAGGAAAAUCCACUUGACGCCCCUCUUCCCUGUCGAGAACGUCGUUGACACCCUCACGACGUUGUCCGGCUCUCCCGUCGAAGAGCUGUCCAUCCGGUGCCACGAGGACGACGUCGCGGACAUGUGUACCGCUCUCCAAGACUUCAUGACCCUCUGUGACGAGCGGAAGGAGUCCGAGUUCUACAAGCGCCUCUCGAACAUCAAGGUCUCCACCGUCAGCGACAUCAACGACUGCGGCGUCCCCUUCGCAGGCGACGGCCAGUCCUUUCUUGCUCCAUGCAUAGACAUCCCCGCCGACCCCUCGGUCGCCAUCCCUCGCCUGCAGGAGUAUUACGAGAGCAUCUGCUCCAGCGACUCCUGCGGCCCUGAGUCGACCUGCUCCGCGUAAGCCGGGGUUGGUCGCCCCACUUGCGCGGGGUGGCAGAAUUUACUAUAAUAUUCUGUCGGGGUUUCUCACUAUAUGAUUGGGGAAGGAGUCAGUUCGAGUCACAAGUUCUUGGUGGAAUCCGCGCAUACUAGUCCGGAUGUCCAUCGCCAUACCCGGAUACUGGACUCCCGUGUCUAUUAUUAUUUAACUUUGUUGUAUACCAGUGUACUAUCAUCGGGUUUCUUGCUCUUCCGAGUCCUAAUGGGUUUUAGAAUUAUAGGGAAUAUUCCUAAUACACGUACUCCGUACCG